AGCUGUAAACCUCAACGCCAAUCGGAUGCUGCGCACGCAAUUGAGAAAUAAAUAAUCAACUCGCCUAAAUCAAAUAUAAGACUUCUAUCACGUGCAUAUGUAAUUAUUAUUAUUAAUUUUUUUUGUUUCUGUGGUCGAGUGUGAGUGCAGUGUCAGAAGCAUAAAUAAAUCAAUUAAAUAGUUUAUCAUCGCUGGUGUCGUCAUCUGAAGUGUCCAGCUGUGGGUGGACAAACGCAAUUGUGCCAAACCAUAAACAAAAACAAAGCCUGGCCGAUGCCAUGGCUACAGAUUUGGACGCCACGUGCAGACGGCGUCGCCGCCACAGUCAGCGACUAUAGUUCGCACACCGACAACAUCAACACUAAUUAUAAUAAUAAUAAUAACAACAAAAGCAAAAGCAAGAGCAAGAGUAAGAGCAACAACUGUUGUUGGCCAUAAAACCUAUAAGCUGAAAGUGGCGCCGCAGCAUCUUAAAGUGUUUUGGUCACACCAUAAAUCAAGUGACAGGCCCCGCGAACGGCGCGCAUAAACAACACUCAUUUGCACACGUUGUCCUUAGCGCCGUGUCCUUUUGUCGCUGUCCCCCACGGACAGCACUAGCAGCGCCGGCAGUGGCAGCAGCGCUGGCAGCGGCAGCAGCAGCAGCAGCAGCAGCGCAUAAAUUUGCCAACAGUUGGCAGCGCCGCACGCACACUGUCCACAGGCUCUGGGCUCUCCAAAUUUGGGUUUUCGCAUCUUAUGUGCAGUUUGCAGGCUGACAAGAUUUCCAUGGCCAACUACGACUAAGCAUCCGGCGACAAUUUUGGCCCAAAAACAUUUCCGCGCAAGAACGACAGUAACAACGGCAGCAGCAACAACAGCAACAACAGCAACAACUGCAACAAUUUCAUUGCUGUCGACAACGUUUUAUGACGGUCACAUAAUAACGUGUUGCGACAAAAAAGACGGUAAAAGCCGCGCGGCUGCAGGAGUCGAAGAGGAUGCAAAUUACGUGCCACAUGAGGCGCCAAAGCUUUUGAUUUGAUUGCCAUACGCUCAUUCGUUCAUUGGGGCAUUCGCGCUCAUUUGGUGCGUUUGGUCAGUUUGGUCGUGUUGGUCAUUUGAUCCGCUGAUCAUUUAACCAGUUGCUCAUUUGGCCAACGCGUGGGCUUAGCCUGAUUGAUUGACUGCAGUAGGCGAAGCUCACGUUGAUUGCCUCGUUUCGUGGGAGAAUGAACAAAAAUUCGUCACUACCUCUGGCCAGCAUUCACAACAACAGCAGCAACAUCAACAGUAACAACAGCAGCAACAUCAACAGUAACAACAGCAGCAACAUCAACCGUAACAACAGCAGCAGCAACAUCUCAACAAGAGCUGAAAACGUGGCUGGCAGCAGUUCGCGAAUUGGUCGCCAGAGCGGCUCAAAUAUGUGCUUCGCAGGCGGCGCCACAAAUGGCGCUCAGAGUGGCGCUGGCACUUCGGUCGGCAGUGGUGCGGGCGCCAGCGGCUCAUCCGCAUCGAAGGCGGACAAGCAACGGGACGCCGGCGGCGGCCUCUGCGGCUGCCAAAAAGCGCCUAAAUCGCAUUGCAUAUCAGCGACAGGUGUUUUGCUUUUGGUAUUGCUCUACACGGCCAUGGGCUCCAUCAUAUUCGUAACACUCGAAGGCGAACUGGAGGACGGGACAGCUCUAGAGACUGCUGUGGCCGCCUCCAAGCCCUAUCCGCGCACCGAGCUAGCGAAUGCCGAGAUACGUUCCAGAACCGUUGAUCGACUGUGGUCCAUAACCGAGGAUCUGAACAUACUUUACAAGGAGAACUGGACACGACUGGCCGCCCAGGAGGUGCAAUUGUUCCAGGACACGCUGCUGCGAGCGGUGCGCCAAUCGAAGGUCUAUCAGCCAGGCGGUGUGCAAAUGAAUGCACCGACGCACAAAUGGACCUACGCCUCGGCAUUUCUCUACUCCCUGACAUUAAUUACAACGAUAGGCUAUGGCGGCAUUUCCCCCCGCACUCAGUGGGGCCGCGUGGCAGCUCUCGUCUACGCCCUUUUCGGCAUACCCAUCGUCUUGCUCUAUCUGUCCGCCAUGGGCGAGGCCCUCUCCACGGGCAUGCGCUGCCUGUUCCGCCGGCAGCGCGUCAAGGGCAGCGUCGCCAGUGGCCCCACGCCUGGCCCCAGCGGCAGCCGCAAGCCAGACAAGGCCAAGGGCCAGCAAUACGGCCACCCGGGGACUGGCAAGAUCCACCAAUAUGGCGUGCCGCCCUCCGUCUACCAACAGCAGCAGCAGCAGCAGCAGCAACAGCAGCAACAACAACAGCAGCAACAGCAACAACAGCAGCAGCAGCAGGGAGCCAAAACCGCUCUGGAUGGCUCGCCCAGUGUGCCGAUCUCGAUCUGUGUGUGCGUGCUCGUCUGCUAUGUGACCAGCGGAGCGAUAUUGUUCCACAAGCUGCAGAGCUGGAGCGUGCUGGAGUCGCUCUACUUCUGCUUCACCUCGCUGGGCACCAUCGGCUUCGGCGAGCUGGCACCCAGCGGCACCCUGACAUUGUAUACGGCCUCCGCUUACAUAUUGGUCGGCAUGGCUGUGGUGGCCAUGUGCUUCAGCCUGAUACAGACGGAGAUUGUUAUGUGGCUGCGUCGGUUCAGUGUGCAGGAUCAUGUCACGCCCAAGGUGGAGGAGCUGGCUCUCGUUACGGUGGCAGUGACGCCGAAGCCCUCCUGACAACGACCCAGCGCCGAGAUGCUGGGCGCCAGCGGCAGCGCCGCCCUCGGCACGGGCGCUCAGUCUCAGGCCAACAGUCUAGGCCAGCAUCAGACCAUGUUCUUUGGCCCGGCGCACACAUUGACCCAGUACAGCUCGCUGCCGCGUCGCAGCCACCUGCAUGGCGGCGUCGGCGGCGCCUCCUCCUCGGCGUUCCAGCGGAACACACCCAUACGCCGCUCGACCGGCAUACCGGAGCACCACAUGGAGUACUUUGUGCCGCGCAGCAUAAGCGAAUUUAAUUUGUCCGGCGUUGGCGACCUGGCGCUGCCGCCGCCGCGCCGCUUCUCGCCCAACAUGAGCGGCAUGGGCAUGCCCAUGGGCAUGGGCGUCGGCGUCAACAUGGGCGUCAAUAUGGGUGGCAUGGGCAUGGGCAUGGGCAUGCCGCACGGCCUCCAGCUGGGGCCGCCCCAGACGCUGCUCUGUGCCGCCAGCACCCCAUCCGCCCCGCCGCCAGCCCAACUGCAAAUUGUGACCCUCAAGCCGCGCAGCGAGAAGAUGGUGACGUUCGAGGAUGAGUCCAAGUCGGCUGCUGGGCCUGGAGCUGGGGCUGGGGGUGGUACACAUUGUCCGCACGGCGUGCCCACCACGCCGCGCAAGUCGAGCGGCGCCACCACGGCGGACAUGUUCAUGUGACCAACCACCUGACAGACGGCUGGAGCGGAUCUGCAGCCACGCCCCAAUGCCAGCGACAGCGUCGACGACGAGCUGAAUGCGGCGCUGCGAUUGCGGGACAGCAUCGACGAUGCCCUCUGCCCGAAGCAGGCCCCAGGUGAGGUGAUACGCGUCUAAGCCACGCCCACCGGCUCGCACUGUAAGUAUGUGCACAGAGAGCGAGAGAGAUGGAGAGGGACAGAUAGUGGGUUGGCUAAUUAGGUGCACAGAUCAACUACAACUACAACUACAACAACAACAAUGAAUGAAUGAAAGCUAUCUGAAGCACAGCAAGAGUCUGCGACUAGCGGAUACCCUGUAGCCCAUUACGUGAGGUAUGACAAUGCGUUCGCCACACGGAUCAAGCAGGCAUAUACUUAUAUAAAUACCCAUAUAUAAAUAUAUAUAUGUAUAUAUAUAUAUAUAUAUACUAUAUGUAUAUACGAUUCGCGGAAGACUUCUAUCACAUGACUAUAUUAUACCCGCUUUAGUCCAUUUUAAAUGGUAACAGGGUGUAAGGCAAACAAAUAAGGAAAACAUUUAACGCCUGUUGUAAAUAUAUAUACAGAAUAAUCAAAACAAAUAAUUA